AUGACCGCAGUACUGGCAAGCGGUCUGUCAUCAGUGAGACGGCCAUCGCAGCUGGAUCCUUAUGGCACACGCAACGUGCUGGCGCGCGCGCUCGACGUAUGGCAACAGGCUUCGAGGCUUACCUUCACCGAGGUCAACUCCGAUGAGGCUGAUAUCGUAGUGUCUUUUGCCAAGCGCUACCACGAUGAUGCAUAUCCUUUCGACGGUCGAGGCUCGAUCCUUGCGCAUGCGUUCUUCCCCGGAUCGGGACGCGGCGGUGACGCACACUUUGACGAUGAUGAACUAUGGCUGCUACAGCCCAAGAAUGAUGAUGAAGAAGGUACAUCGUUAUUCGCCGUGGCUGCCCACGAAUUUGGACAUUCUCUCGGUCUAAGCCAUAGUUCGGUUAAAGGCGCACUUAUGUUUCCUUGGUAUCAAGGUAUCCAACCUAAUUUCGUGUUACCAGAAGACGAUCGUAAUGGCAUCCAGCAAACGUAUGGUUCGAAAGAGAACGAAAGGAAGUGGGGAAAGAUACCUUAUUACCGCCCCAUAGAAACCCCUCCACCAACAACCACUACCACUACAACUACCACUACAACGACAACUAGAAGACCAUACAUUCACCACCAUCACUAUUACCACCCAGAGCGUCAUCCAAACCAUCGUCCUUAUACUCCAUACCCGCGUAAUCCAAACAAAUAUCCAACGUACUAUCCAGAAAGACCAAGUUAUCCAGAGAGACCGUUUAGCCCGGAACGACCAAGCUAUCCUGAAAGGCCUUCUUAUCCCGAAAGACCAUCAUAUUAUCCCGAUCGACGUCACUAUAACACUAGUGAGGAGCAUCCUCGCCACACAAAUCACAAUCACUAUCCAAGACCAACUGAAACUACCACUCACGCUACAACAUACCGUCCUAGGUAUCCUACCAUCCGUCCUGAGUAUCCAAGUUAUCCCAGGCCUAACUAUCCAACUGAUCCGCGCCAAGAUUAUCCGAAGAAAAAACCCUAUUAUCCGGUCAAGACUACGAUGAGGCCGCGUGUUACGCCACCUCAUACAACACCACCACCAGAUAAACCAGAUGCUUGUGACACUAAUUACGACGCUGUUGCACUUAUUCGCAACGAACUAUUUAUAUUUAAAAAUAGGUAUCAUUGGAGGAUAGGAGCUUCAGGUCAUUAUCCUGAUUACCCUAUUGAGAUAACAAGAAUGUGGUCUGGUCUACCGAAGAAUCUUACACACGUAGAUGCCGUUUAUGAGAGGCCAGACAGAAAAAUUGCUAUCUUUGUUGGUAAAGAGCUGUACUUGUUUGACUCCCAGUACUUAGUGCCGGGAUAUCCGAAACGCUUAGUGAAGCUAGGUUUACCUGAUAGUUUAGAAAAAUUGGACGCUGCUAUGGUAUGGGGACACAAUGGCAAGACAUACUUCUACAGUGGCACAAUGUAUUGGAAGUUUGACGAAGAUGUAGGACAUGUUGAGUUAGAUUAUCCACGAGACAUGGCUAUGUGGAAAGGCGUCGGUUACAAUAUAGACAGCGUAUUUCAGUGGAAAGACGGCAAAACGUACUUCUUCAAAGGCAAAGGCUACUGGGAAUUCAACGAUCUGCAAAUGCGCGUGAAGCACGAGAAGCAAAAACUUUCAGCGCCGGUCUGGAUGAGCUGCCCCACCGAGCGUGGAGGCCGGCGCGCGCCCUAUAAAGCGCUGCCCGCGCCCGGCUCCACGUUGCGGUCUCCCAGCUCCGCCGCUACACCACACACCGAAGCUUUCGUAUUCUCCGCGUUACUUAUACUCGCUACUAUCGUUCGAUACGUCUUAUGUUAA